GGAAGAUGGGAGGCAAAAAUGGUCGUUACGCCGAAUCCCAAGGAUUCGGAUCCAGAUUCUCGACUAAAGAUCUAACCAUGGUCCCGUCCAAUCAUCCAAGACCGGUUUCACAGGCCGGUAUCGAAUCACUGGAUUGUAGAUAUACCCAUGUGUCGUAGGAUAUAUUAAUAAGGGCCAUGCGAACCAUCUCGUUGGACCUACGCAUCCUGUAGACUUUUAGCCAGUCUCGCGACCUAUUCCCCAGAUCCAAGGAAAGCAUCCGCCCAUCAUGGCUGAGAAUGUUGUCGGUCUCAAUGUCAAAAAAGUCGUCGAACCAGAUGCAGACCCAGUUCCGGGUAUCCACGAUGGAGAAAGACAUCAUGCACAGGACAAACCCGUAAACAAGUCCUCCGAUUCUCCCCGCGCCGAUUCGGUUCCCGAAUCGCUUGAAGAAGCUGGCCCUGUUAUCGACUAUGAAGCCUACCCACCUCCGACCGAAGAGGAACGGAGGACGUUGCGCAAAGUCAACGAUUCUAUCCCUCUGGCCGCCUGGUCCCUUUGCUUUGUGGAACUGGCCGAACGAGCUUCUUACUAUGGCGUCAAAGCUGUCUUUAACAAUUAUAUGCAGUUUCCUCUCCCAGAGGGCGGCCCCGGGACCGGUGCUAUUGAUAAGUCAAAGCCCAACUCACAUGCUGGUGCCCUCAACCUUGGCAUUCAAACAGCUUCUGCUUUGGGUCUCCUGUUCACCUUCCUAGCAUACGUCAUUCCUAUCUUUGGUGCCUGGGUUGCGGAUGUAAAAAUCGGUCGUUAUAAAGCUAUAAUCUGGGGUGUCAUUAUUGGAGGUGUUGCCCACGUAAUUAUGGUCGGAGGGGCUGCUCCAGCUUUACUUCAGGCCGGAAAAGGCGUGGCUCCCUUCCUUGUUUCUUUCAUAUUGCUUGCCAUCGGAGCUGGCAUUUUCAAACCAAAUGUUGCGCCGACAGUUAUUGACCAGUACUCGUAUCAAAAAGAAUAUACGAAGGUACUGAAAAGCGGAGAGAAAGUGCUUGUCGACCCAGAGACAACGGUCAGUCAUAUCAUGCUUAUUUUCUACGCGUUUGUCAACGUGGGUGCAUUUUUCAGCAUCGCUGUGGUCUAUGUCGAAAAGUAUCACAGCUUCUGGCUUGCUUUCCUCCUCCCAGGCAUCAUCUAUUUCCUGCUACCGAUCCUACUCGCCGUCAUGUAUAAGCGGACCAUCAAGAAGCCACCUCAGGGUUCCGACCUAGCCCGUUUCGUGAAGAUCACUCUUUCAGCUUUGAAGAAGAGUAAAGGAAACAUCUUCUCGCAAAGGUUAUGGUAUAAUGUGAAGCCUUCUGUGCUAGCGGAGCAAAAUAUCCAUGUCACCUACUCUGAGAAGGAUGUAAGUGAUACUGAACGAACUUGGACGGCCGUACGGAUAUUCUGCUACAUUCCUAUUUGGAAUCUCAAUGAUGGCGGCGUAGGCAGUACUCAGAGCUCCCAGGGCGCGAGCAUGACUUCUCAAGGUGCACCUAAUGAUCUACUCGGUCACUUUAAUCCUCUAGUGAUUAUCGUAUUUUCGCCAUUGAUGGCCGAGAUAGUAUAUCCAGCCCUGGAGCGCAGAAAGAUCAAAGUCGGCCGUAUUACUCGGAUGACAAUCGGCUUUGUACUUGCCACCAUUUCCGGAAUAUUUGGUGCUGUAGUACAGUUAUAUGUCUAUAGGACAUCACCUUGCGGCUAUUACGCUACAGACUGCGACGAGGUAUCGCCAAUCUCAAUUUGGUGGCAGAUUCCAAACGUUGCUCUGGGCGCAAUGUCCGAAGUUUUUGUCAACGUUACAGCAUACGAGCUCGCAUACGCUCGUUCCCCGGAGAAUAUGAGGGCUACAGUCAUUGCUCUCUUCUUAUUCAUGACUGCUCUGAGUAGUGCCUUGGGUGAAAUUUUGAUUCCCGCAAUUACAGAUCCCACCCUUGUGUGGGCUUGGGCUGCUCCGGCAAUAGCACUCGCUAUUCAAACCAUUAUCUUCUGGUGGCAACAUCGCAAUGUCAACGACGAUGCUUUCAUGACACACGAAGAGGAUUUCCAACAGUUGGCCAGCGAAACAAAGACUUCUAAGGAAGAGAAGUAAGGUGACUUAGUGUCAUUGAAAUGCAACCUUGGUCAAAGCUGGCAAAUCAUAUACUUAUGCACAACAUACCUACCUAGUAUAAUUAUUAAGAGAGUACAAGCUGAAUACUAAUACAUAACACUGUUAAUUGAGCUUUAAAGUUCGGGUCUGCUAUGCCUAGGUAGAUAGUAUAUUAGGUAUUAUACGUAGGGUUAUAUAUCCCGCCGAAGAG